CCUCGAUGUCUGAUAACACUUCGUCACAAAUGCGGUGAAUCGCUGGUGAUGUGCGUUCGUGGUAAAAAUGAAAUCGCAAAAUGGCGUUGCGCUAUUUGGAGUAUCAUUCAAUCCGAUGAUCACCAGCUGACAUCGAUUGCUCCAAGUCAUGCGCUGAAUAGACGAAGUGUUUCGGUGAGCAACGCAACUGAUGCAUCGAAUUUUCAUUUGACACCACCAACGGAUCCUGAUGAAGUUGACUAUUGGAGUCAGUUUUCAUGUGCCUUAUCACUGAUCGCUGAUCAAAUGAAGGCGAUCUUCUUACUUGUAAAUUUCUAUUGA